AUGUCCAUUUGCAUCUUGACUGGCGAAGAUUGGAAUGAAGUGAUGUAUAACGGAAUGCGCUCCUACAUUCUUCUGAAUGUCUUCUUGGCAAUCGCUGUAGACAAUUUGAACGAUGAGGACGACGAUGAUGAUGGCGGUGGUGGCGGUGAAGGCGGAAAUGAUGAAGAGGUGAAUUCUGGACCUGAAACAAAACUGGAUACGACAGAGGUAAUAACAAAGGAGAAGAAAACACUUUUCACCAGUCUGCCGACGCAACACCAGAAGACAGACAAACUUGAUUGUUCGGGAGUUUAUCGCAUCAAAUGCGGCAACUGCGGGCAUACUGCUACAGAGGGAAUUGAGGACUACAACGAGAUGUUUGCUGAAGAAACGUUUGAUUUGGGUGAAGAGGUGGUGAUGGAAUUCGAUGAAACUGGGGCUUUGAGGCCUCACGCAUGUCCCACACGAGCUGAUAAUUUGCACGAUAUUUCCCCUACAGAUAGUCGCCUAAUACCGCCUUAUUCAGCCUUCUUCAUCUUCACCAACACAAACAAGUUUCGAGUAUUUUGCCACAACGUUGUCUGCUCCUCAUAUUUUAGCAACAUAGUCCUCGCCUGUAUCCUGAUCAGCAGUGCGCUGCUUGCAGCAGAGGAUCCACUAAGAUCUAACUCCCGCAGAAAUGAGGUAAUAUAG